AUGUCUGGCGCUAAUCCAAAGGUUUUCUUCGAUAUGACUGCUGACGGUGCUCCUCUUGGUCGCAUUGUCAUGGAGCUCCGUGCUGAUGUUGUCCCAAAGACUGCUGAAAACUUCCGUGCUCUUUGCACUGGUGAAAAGGGCUUUGGUUAUGAGGGUUCUUGCUUCCAUCGUGUGAUUCCCCAAUUCAUGUGUCAAGGUGGUGAUUUCACCAACCACAACGGCACGGGUGGAAAGUCUAUCUACGGCAACAAGUUCGAGGAUGAAAACUUCAAGAUCAAGCACACUGGUCCAGGCAUUCUCUCCAUGGCCAAUGCUGGUCCCAACACCAACGGCUCCCAGUUCUUCAUCUGCACUGCUCAGACUUCAUGGCUUGAUGGCAAGCACGUUGUGUUUGGCUGCAUCACCGAAGGCAUGUCCGUCGUCGAGUCCAUUGAAAAGCUUGGUUCCCAGUCUGGAAAGACUUCCAAGAAGAUUGUUGUUGCCAAAUCUGGCCAGCUUUAA